AUUUCAACUUCCACCGGGACACUCUUCCACUCAACAUAAUAUCGUCUACAGAUGAAAUGCAAAUUCGCGAUAUUAGCAACAACAGAAUAGAAAAAUGCACUGAAAUGCAGCUGAUAAAUAGCAGAUUACUGAACAGAAUUAAAGUUUCUUCAGGCAUUCUGAGUAAUUCUCAAAUUUUAUAGACGAUUGUAACUUAUAGGAUGAAUCCCUAAUGACCAUUCUUCGACAGUUAUGCUGACUUCACAUUACUACAAUCAGCACAACCCCAAUAAUUGUGGGGAUUGCGUGAGUCAUUUUGAAAUUAGGCUUUUGAGUGAUUGGACCUACCUAAUAUUUAUCAGCGGAGAUGCUGGCUGAUGGUUAUAAGCAUAUCCUUGGAUGGAACCCUGGGCUUUCUUGAAAGCAACUAGAUGUUUUUUACCAAUAUACACAUUCUGUGUUUAAUAACUUAUUAUUUUUCAAUUCCUUGUCACUUUAAUUCUUUGAGGCUUACUUCAUUUCUCAGUGUUGUGUUAUUGCAUGCCAUGGAAAACAUCGUUUAGAGAUACUUCUAGUACAUAUUUAGCUAUCGAUAUCUCCUUCAUUCGGCCUGAAAGGAUGGCAAGAAACGUAUUCUGGCUCAGUCUUUACUUAUAGAUUUCAAACUUUCUCAGGGUAAAUGAACAAAAACCUACAUCCUAGUCAUCUGAACUCUAAGUUUAUAAUUGAGAAACAACCACUGAUCUGAGCUUGUUCCGAAUUAUGAUAAGCACUGCAGAGAAUGUAACGCUCAAACUUGCCAUGUCGACGACUACUUUUCCAUCAAGUGUUGUGCAAGACAUUCCAUCAUUUUCCAUUACGACUUGUCCUUCAUGGUUUAGACAAGAAAUUGUUGAUAAUGCCAAAAACAUCUCAAUCAUAGUCAUAUUAGGAUUCAUUAAUGCUGUUGUCAUUGUUGGUAAUUUACUUGUUGUUAUGGCUGUUUUUGCCUCCGCAAAGUUGCGGACGGUCACCAAUUUCCUUAUUGUAUCUUUAGCCAUAUCCGAUCUCCUCGUUGGUUUGGCUGUCCUACCAUACUCGAUCACUCUUGAAGUGCUCGAACUGUGGAUAUUCGGCGAACUAUGGUGCCAAAUGUGGUUAGCUGUGGACGUGUGGCUGUGCACAGCUUCCAUCCUAAAUCUGUGUGCCAUUAGUAUUGAUAGAUAUUUAGCUAUCACUAGACCUGUUCAUUAUCGAACUAUCAUGUCAAACCUAAGAGUGAAAUUGCUCAUAGCGGUCGUUUGGGUCUUGUCAUUCAUAAUUUGCUUCCCCCCUUUAGUGGGUUGGAAUGACCGGGUGAAGGACGGAGAAGAUGUGACUUCGUACAAUAACGUUACUCUUUAUAACGACAUGCACAGAUUGCAUCCUCUCAGUGAGUAUUUUCUUGAGAGUAGAAAUAAUGAUGAGUAUUUAUUUGGGAACAUGACGUCAAACUAUACAGAUGAUACUAAUGGGUAUAACGCUAGUAGUGUCAUUGAUGAAAUUAGGUUUGUAUUACGUAAUGCGACGUCUAGGAGAUGCCCGAAGCCACAGUGUGCUCUCAUAACUAACCAAGGUUACGUUAUCUAUUCUGCGCUAGGCUCGUUUUACAUCCCAAUGCUAGUCAUGUUGUUCUUUUACUACCGGAUUUAUGUUGUUGCAUUAAAGACGAGUCGUGCCUUAGACAGAGGCUUUCGUACGGCAAAAGCAAGUAAAAAUAAGUCAUCAUCCACAUCGUCACAGGAUGGAGGUGGCAAUUCUGACGUCACGUUGCGUAUCCAUCGUGGUCGGCCAACAAAUGAGUCGAUGGUAGCAGCACGCUCUGGAGGAGCAGGUAAUGCGGCCAACAGGAGAUCAGGAGAUAUAUUGGUUCCCCGUCGUAUACCUACUGUAGUCUAUCAUCAUACCAAAGAAUACUCCAGUCCCCGCUGCUUUAGAGAAGAUAAUACCAAGCAUUACUACACCACCAAAGCUGCUACGACAAGCGAUUCUUUGUCUGUACACCACAGUAGGGUGAGAAGAACUAAAUCAGCAAAUGCGGCAACUGCAAAUCUGAGUUUCGAUAAUGGUGGAUCAUCUUCUCGUAUGGCUGAACAUGCGCAGUCUUCAGAACACUUGUCAGUUGAUAGCGGAAGCAGUGAACAAAAAAAUGGCAAACCUGGUCGCCAUCUUUUUACUAGAAUUAGCAAGAGGAAUGCCAGAUGGCAUGCUAAACGUUUCCGAACGGAAGCCAAAGCUACCAAGACUGUGGGCAUUAUCGUAGGUGGAUUUAUUAUGUGCUGGCUUCCCUUUUUCACGGUGUACCUCAUCAUGGCUUUCUGUGAAGAUUGCAUACCUGAUCUAUUGUUCAAAGUGUUUUUCUAUUUAGGGUACUGUAAUUCAGCACUGAAUCCAGUCAUUUACGGGAUGGUCAGUAAAGACUUCAGGUUUGCGUUCAAGAAAAUAUUGUGCCGUUGCAAACUCAAGGACGACGGUGUGACGUCACUGAUACGUCAAAUACAUAUGCCGACGUUCUUCGAGGAAGAAGCGCUCACUGUCGGCGAUACCAUUAGCCAAAGUUAAUCCAUCUUUCCACUUUUCAAUAGAUUUGAAGAAUCCAUUCUACUUAUAUACUUUGGAAAGUUAGGAAGGAUCUAUAUCGCGACAUUAUUUUAAGAAAAUUCAGAACCUUUAAUAUAAAGAACAUAAUCAAAGUAAAGUUUUGUUUCUCUCUAAAACAGUGAAGGCCAAAACAUAAUUUUAAUUUAACCACAUACGGAGGAUAAUUAUCUAGAAAUAUUUUAAAGAGAUAUUAAAUUUCUCAUGAGGGAUAUGACAGCAACUGUCCAGUUCGUUAACUAUAUUCAGUGAGGGUUCGUAAGAUUUUUUAUCCAUUUUGGAGGUCAUAAAAUCUAUUGGGUAAAUCAGAUGUUCCAAACCUCGUGUGAGAUGGAAUAUUAGACUCAUUACUUAUCAAUCUACCAGCAUCCAUGAGAAAAGGAGCAUGAGCCAAAUGUAUCAUAAAGCAGAUGAAACUUAGUCUGGGCUAAAGCAUGAAAGAAAGGGACAGAUGCUGUCGCCUUUUGUAAUUGUUGCGUAUAUAUUAGGUGUAUUGCGUGUAUUACUAUUUACUGUGCAUGCAUUGGAAAUAAAAUUAAUUUUGAUAGCUCUCAUGGGAAACUAAUAUGUUUAACAUAAAUUAGCUAAAUAAAGCACUGCAUCAGGUAUAAUCUAAAGCAGUAUUUAACUUUAAAUGCAUAAAUACUUUAUGAAUUCAUAUUCAGAUAUUCAUUCGAAUGAUAUUAUGAAUUCUUCAUCAUUAUAUCAGAAUGGAUUCUGUCAAAAUCGAUGAGCACUUGUUAAGGGAGGUGAUUAUCAUUAUUACUUCCAUAAUUUUCAGAAUAAAAUGAAACAUUUACAUUCAAUAAAAGAUAACUACUAAAAACGUCCUCUCUUUUAUUGGUACAUCAUUAUAACAUCGAACAUUCUGCAUAAUAUUUUUGAAAAAUACUUGCAGAAAUUUCAGGCAUUUUAGUAAAAUUCUUUAUAAUUUAUUUAGUAAAAUUCUUUAUAAUUUUAAGCAAAUAUAUUUGUGUAAUAGAUUCAUAUAAGAGUCCCUUUUUAUAGAAAAAAGCAUUUUUCUUAGCACUAAAUGAGCUGAUAUAUCGCCAUAUGUUUCAUUCGUUUAGAAUGAGUAAUAAUCGCACAAUAAUUUUAUAUAAUCACACUUUUGAAUAAAGAAUUUUACAAAUUGAAGUGUAGUCUCACAGAAUUUGUAGCGUUAAAUUCCUAAAACACAAUUAAAUCUGCCUGCAAAAAUUCCCAAUAGUUUUUCUUAUUAUUUAUUCAAAUCGCCUUCAACUAACAAGUGCAAAAUGUGUUUUUAACUAUUUCUGUUGUCAUAAUGUGUUUACGUUUGCAUGAUACGUUUCUUGUAAUCAUGUAUUGGCAAAGUGUACUUGUGUCAUGCAUGUGUAUUUGUAUAAAGCAUAUUUGCGUAUGGAUGUACAAUUGUAAAAUAUGUGAUUCAAAUCUAUUCCAUGUUAUACUGCGACUGCGAGGUGAGUCAAAAAUAAGUUAUAUUUGUAUUCAUUGACCGUGGAUAGUGCUACCAUAAAUGCGAACGUGCAUGCGUGAUUCGAAUUUAUACGAGUAUAUUCACGAUGAAGGAUGACCUUGCGUGGUUCCAUGCCGGAGGGAUGCUUUUAUAUUGUUAAUGUUUCCUAACUACAUUCAAGAAACCUGGUAUCAUAGCAAUCACAGUGAAUGGAUACCUUGAAGAAAAACUACAGAAACUGAAAAUUUCGUCUUAAUAUGAGCAUUCCAGGUUUCCUCUGAACUACUUAUUUUCCUAGCAUAUAUUUCUUGGGGAUGGUUCUGAAUGUUUUGGCUACCUGCCAAACUAAAGUAAUACUACCGGUGGUUUCAGAGUAAAUGCAUUUGAGUUGAUACUGCCUUGUGUAAUACAUAACACAUAGUACAGUCUUCAUACCUGCGCGGUAUGUUUACUGUGGUAAUUUUCAAGCAAACAUUUAAUCUUCACUACCAAGUAAAAAAUAUCACAAGGAAAUCAUAUGGAAUCUUUAUGCACUGGAGCUAGCUGUCAGCUGAACCUUUACGUGCCACUUAGCUUCAAUAUUCACGAUUUCACAAAAUUCAAAACAAAAUUUAGUUUUCGUACAGUUAGUUUUAUAAAACAUUUUUCUUUCCAUAAUAAAAAACUUGAAAUAAAUUAUCUUCAAUGUAUUUUGGAACUUCAGUUAUAUUUCAUUUGAGCCGCCGAGAGGGUAUAGUGGGUAGGGCAGCCUGACUGCGAUACCGAAGGGCCCGGGCUUGAAUCCCAGAGAAGGCAUGGAUGUAAAAUUGUCUGUUCCUUCAUAGGAAGUAGCCGUGGCCACCUGUUAGGUGUCCCCACAAUGAAAUGGCCACCACUUCUGGCCUUAGUAGUGGCCAAUGCUGUUAUAGAAAAGUGCCCACCAUUGGAAAAAAAGAAAAUUUGAUAUUUUAGAAAAUGUCCCAUCUUGUGUUUUAAAAAUUUUUUGCAGUUUAUUUAAUUUGAAUAUAAAAUUGAUAUUAUCUUAACUUAGUUUAAUCCAAUUAAAAUUUACUUAUCCUGCAUGAUUUCUAGUUUAUAUCACGAUCCCAAGAAAAUAAUUUUCUAUGUUUUACAAUUUUAAUAUACGAAUGCCACUAAGAAACAGAGUGUUCUGAUGAUAUAUUUAAUGUUGUUUAUUUAUAUAAAUGCAGUAUUAAUUUAGCUCUAUUUAAAAGACCAUCAUGUAUGUCAUUAAUUAUUUUACUAUUAUCCUUCAAAAUCUGCGGUUUAUGCUACUUUAUUCUUUGAAAAUUCAGCAUUUCUAAUUUUUAUAGCAAAGAGGGGAAAAUAUUAAAUGUCAUUAAUUUAGAAGAAUAUGUAAGGAAUUUUCUCCCUCCUUGCUGAGUACAUUUGGAGGCAUGUCCAGCUCGCAUUCAAGAGGUUCGAAUCCUGGUUUAGUAUUGCUGACUUUUCAUGCUUUCUGCUCCGAAAUAAACCUUAUCUUUACUGCUAAAAUUCCAAAAUUUAAGUUUAAUUUGCUUAGCAUUUAAAAUAUGAGUUAUCUAGGUAAUUCACUGGAUUUUAAAAAAAGAAUUUAUAAUGCAACAAAGUUAGAUGGUAAAUAAUGUAGUAAUGAGGUAUAUUUACAUUGGCGAGGUAACUUUAUAAAAAUGGGCUCAAAGUACAUUUUUUAUAAGAUUUUAUCAUUUAAUCUUAAUUUAAACACUAAUUAAGUUAAUUUUGCUGACAACAUAGAAAUGAAGAAUUUUAAAUUACUUGUUAAUCAAUACUCAACUGAAAACGUAGACAUUUGCUAAUUACAAACAGGAAAGUGAUAAUAACAUUUUAUAAAAUGCGUAAGGCGUAAUGUAUUGUAAAACAUUACGCCUUACGCAUAUUAAACAUUACGUAAGAAAUAACUCAAUUUUCAAAACUUCAAAAAAAUAAGUAAUAUUAUUUUGCGCAAUGAAGAGUAGAAAUGCAUUUUGCUUUCGUUAAAAGUUGUGCAAUGUGUUGUAAUGAUUCGUACAGUUGAGAGGCCUGAAAGUAAUAUUUUUAUGUGCAAAGGUAGAAUACUGAUUUGAUCACCUCGCAGUCUUACUGUAUUAUUGUUUAUAUCUAAUGAAGUAUAUAUGAAUGUAUAAUUAUUAAAUAUAUAUUUACUGUUGCACGAAGACAAUCUAGAGUCUAUAAAAGGUAAAUAUAUUGUACGUUUCAGUAUGCAUGAAAUCUUAACACAUGUGAAAACUUUAGUAUCUUUUUAAGUCAGAUGAAAGAAGUUUUAAUUUCCCUCCGUGGCAGACAAUAUUUUACAUUUCAAUAAAUUUUAUUUUGAAAUUAUGUACAAUAACUUAUAACCGAAGAUUUAAAUAUCUCCAAUGAAAUUUUCAGUACUAUUUGCAAUAAAUAUGAUUUUGAUUUAUUGUUUAAUCUAGAAAAAUAUAAUAGUAAUUCAAUAAUGCAUUGUUUAAUACAUAGUAAAUUGUGAAUAUUAAUUCAGUUUUGUUUCAGUGACAUUUUUCUUAAAUAAUAAUAAAUAAUAUUGGUUUUAAUUUGAAUAGCUUUCUAAGUCUUAGGAUUAUGUUAAUAAAUUUCAUGCUGUAUUUCAUAAAUUGUAAUAAAAGAGUGAGCUUUAUAUAACAAAAGUUUUCCAUAUGAAUUGCAAUAUUUUAUUAUGUUUGUUGUUAACAUAUGAUACAUUUGAUGCCAAAUAAAAAUAGGGUAGUCAGUAGCUACGAACUGUCAGAAAAAACUCGUGUCAUAUUUAAAAAUAAUAAUUAAAAAAACUGACUGCUAAUCUGCUGCCAUGGCAAUCUAGAUUUUUAGCUGAAUAGCGAGUCAGCGAUUUUAAACAGAACAUUUAAUAAAUAGAUGACUGAUGAGUGUAUUUCCUGCCGAGUUUUUAGUGCUUUUAUUUUCUUUAUUUUGCAUACGUUUCAUGAAAUAGAAAGUGCAGGUAGCUUAAUGAUUUUAACUCUCAGAAAAGUAAAAAAAAAAUGUUUACGUUCUUAAGAAAAAAACACUUUAUAACCCCGUUUUUGAAUUGCCAUAGUCUGAUGUCUGACAAGUUUGCUGCAUGGAUCUAAAUAGUAUUCCCGACAUGUGAAGGGCCGACAAGUUUCUUAUAUCCGAGGCUAGACAGUAUGCGUAAAGAAAACUUAUUAGUUGAAUUGAAUCAAAACAAAUACAUAAAAGAUAAAAUACAUAAAGAUACAUUUUACUGAAUAAUAUAUUCAUACAUGUAAAAACCAGAAGGUAUUUCUGUGAUUUACCUGAAUAUCUUAAGAAAAUAUAGUUUAACCAUUUAAGGCAUUUUACAGAUCCAUAUGCUUCAUGCAUAUUAAUAAUGCUAUAUAAAUAUAAACUUAUUAAUUUGCAUUUUGCAUUUUUAACAGUUUAUAUACGCAUUAAUAGUACUUAUUUUCUUACUUCUACAGAUUGGUGAACUUUAUAAUACGAAAAGAAUUUAUAUGUCAUCAAAAAUUUUAAUUAUAAAUAUUUAUUUAGAUAUAUUUAAUUGCAUUUAAUGUCGGGAACACCAAAUAAUAUGAAAAGAAGAAGUAAAUGAAAAUAGUAUAAUAUUUUAUGCAACGGUUGCUGAUUUAGUACCUAAAUGCAUAUAGGUUUAUUUUGCUUACUUAUGAAAGAUUUUAAAUCCUGUUACCUACGAACUGGUUUAAUAUGUAUUAUAUCUCAUACCAGAAAAUGGAAAUUUACCUUUAAUCUUUAAACGUAUUAACUCCUGAGAUUUUUAAAAAAUUUAAAUUUAAAAAUAUUUUUUACAAAUAUGUAUUGAUGCGUCUCACCUACAAAUUUCACAUCUAUAGAUUAUUAUGAUAGAUUAUUAUGCCAUAGAAAUGUUUUUUUUUUCUGAGUGCACUUAGUAUUUUAAAAAGAUGUAAAAAAAAGACUUGUAAGGUAUUUUCAGUGAUCUAAGUAUCGCCGAUAUUAUUUAUAAAAUGUUUGCCAAUCUAUGAUUUUUUCUUUCCUUUUUGCUUAAUUUUUAAAUACAUCUUAAAAUUUUAUAAUUUAGAAGAUAGCUGACAAAAUAUUUUAAAAGUUUUCUGUUUGUGGACUAUGUAUAAAAAAUCGUCUUGUUUUCAUUUAUGAAACUGGUAAAGCCUUUUACAAAAUAUUAAUAUCACAACAUAUAUCGAAGAGAAGGUAUGCAGUCAACUGAAUAUAAUCCAAGCGAAAAAAGUAUUUGCAUUAAAAUUUAAUAUCCAAAACAAUAUUUCUUAAACAAUAAUUUGCUAUAAAUAAACCAAAAGUUUGAAACUAAUGAUAUUCACUAUUUAUAAAAUAUUCUUAUGUUAAAUAUAUUUAUUUAUAUUUAAAACUAAAUUUAAAUUUUUGAAAAUUAAUUUCUUAAAAUUUUAUUCGAGAAGAAAAUUAUUAUUACAAGGAAUUUUUUUUAAAAACUUUAAUACAUUUAUUUAUCUUUCCUCUAUAACUGUUACUGAGCAUUAAAUAUAUCAUAUGUUUAGCUGUAAGCAUUAAAAACCUAACUAGAACCUUGGUAGCUACGUUUUUAUUCGACUUAAAAUUUAAAUCGACCUAUGUAUUUCGAGAAAUUGAAGUAUUGAUUAAAAUGGAAGUUUUUAAAAAUAUAUAGAAUUAAUCACGAUUUUAAGAGUUUUCCAGAAACUUUUUGUUGUAUAAAGCAGCACUACAUAGUGUACACAUUAAAACUCAUAUUUUUUAAUUAUUAUGUAUUAGAUUUUGAUAAUAUCAAAAAACAUACAAUGCCUCCAUUUUUGUACAAAAAAGUUUUAUUCGGUCGUAUUGUUAACAGUCAAUAGGUUUCCAGUCAUAUGGUACCAUCUUUUAGUAUGAAUAUUUUAAAUGCAUGAAUAUAUUUUUGUAUUUGUGCCUCAACUGAUUCUUCGCAAUGUUUUAUUCUUAUGAAAACUAAAGUUUUUACUCGUUAUUAAGAAAUUUCAACUGCUCAAUGUCUACUUAAGGAAUAUUUUUGUUGAAAUGUUGUGCGUAAUCUGUUAUAUAAAAGGUACGUUUCAUGAAGUAAAUGUGUCUGUAUGAAAAUCGUGUUACAGUCUGUUCUAUCUUUGCAUUUGUGUAGUUGCAUAUCAAUGUUAAAAUUUAGGUUAUAUUUAUAUACCAUUUUUAUUUAACUUUUAGCUUCCUUGUACAUAAAUUUAUUUGGCAUACAGUAAGUUCUUCUGCCCGUUUCUGAAAUGCAGUUGACUACUCUAAGUUUAUAAUGAUGAGUUCGGAUUACAAAGAUAUGAUUAAUACUGAAUAGUUUAUUAAAAGGGCACUGCUUAAAUGAUUUCAUUUAUAAUUCAGAUCUUAAUAAAAUAAUCUUUAAGUAAUGAAUAAACUUGAAAUUUAUCACUAAAACUAUGACAACAGGCAAGGUUACUGUACUAUAAGAUUUACUCUCCACGAGCUAAGACGCUUUAGGCGUGUGACAUCACUGACUCGUAAGUCUGCUGAAAAGCAACUGCUUCCUAUUGGUAUCGUUUUUCCCACUUCCCUAAGUCAAAUGAUGUUCUUGAACUAGAGCGUUGGAAAGAGCAUCAUAACCUUGCUUGCUUGUUGACCGUGCUAAGAAGAUGAGUUUGCUGAACUCGGAUUGAUAACGCAAUAUAUUUAUCUCCUUUACCAACUAAAAACCUUCCGAGGUUAUUUCUCUCUAAGCCCUAAAAUAUGUUGUUUUUUAUUGUUCUUCAGCUGUAAAUAUGGUUUUGAGUGCCACAUGUGGUUUCUAAGUCAAACUGACCGCAGAAACUCUGUAAUGUUCUGUUAUGAAAUUAAAGCGUGCAUAGUAGAUUUCGUUAAUUUCACCAAAGAAAAACGAAUCUGCCGAUGUAAAAAGACAAAAUUAAAUUUAUGAUGCAUAUUACUAAAAUUUUGCACUUACACUAUAUAGUGCUUUCCAGAUAUUAAUGAAAAUGUCAAGUUAAUUAAAAGUUAUUUUCCUGCGAAAUUUUGCUAUAUUGUUGGCCAGUAAUAUAUAUAUAUAUAUAUAUAUAUUCUUAAAAAUUAUGAAGAUUAGUAAUUCUGCAUUAUUCUUUUAUUUUAUUUAAAUCAAUAUAAUUUAAAAAUUUUAAUAAACUUUAUGCGCCUAAUUUUAUAUAGAAUGAAAGACAAAGCACCCAGUAUGAAUAUCUAAAAAUCCGAAUAACAAGAAUUCUGGUGUACAAGAAAAUUAUUCCAACUUACCACUUUCAUUGUAUUAGAGUACAAGGCAUUGCCAUUAAAAACAGGCUCAAAAUAAUUAUUACCAAGGGAUAAAAUUAAACUAGAGCUAUUAGAAAAAAGGGAGAUCUGAGUUUCGAAUGAUAUUCUAACAGACAAGUGCUUGUGAGUAAUUUUAAUACAUCCCCUUGUUUAAUUUGUUUAAUUGCAAGUUACGCAAGCCUGCAUUAUAUUCCUUUGCAGAAGAUGAACUGCUAAAAACGUGUUGUCUGAUGUGCUGUGAAUUCACAUGUUGUGAAUUUCGUAUUAAAUUCAUCUUUAAAAUUUUCUGGAGCAUCUAGUCUAGUUCAAGCUGCUAAAUUGAUGUUACCUAAGAAGAAAUAACGCAGAUUUAGGUUCUAGUAAUGACAACAAGCUUUUCAGAAACAGGCUCAACAGAAUAAUGAUGCUUAUUAGUUGAAUAAACAAAUAUUUGUUUCUACUCAUAAUAUAAAACUGCAACACAUGCAUAUAUAUAAAUACUAAUUAAUGUUUUUAAAACUAAACGGAAAAAUAUAUAUGCCCCCAUUUAAUAUUUUAAAAAAGUGGUGAGUGAAGAAGGAAACUGACGAAAGUCAUUUUUCGAUGGUCAGGAAACUAAACCAAUUACAAUGAUUGAAAACACUGCCGAAGUAACUUUGAGAAAGUUGGCAAAGAACGUUGUGUUCCAUGUAUGUUAGUCAUAAAAUACUGAAAGUAAAUUCACUGUAAUUUCAGAAAAGUUACAAAUUUCUAAAAUACAAUGACAAAUAAUUUGAAAAUCUUCGAAAUUUAAGUAGUUUCUGAUGAAAAUAAAUCUUUCUGAAAUAUUAUAAAACAUGUAGCAAAAUAUUUUACUUUUUUAAAUUCCACCAGCAUCUAAAAUAAUUCAAUGUUUUAUUAGAAAUUACUGAAAACGCCAAACAAUAUUAAAUUAAUAUUAGAACUGAAACUCAUUGUUCUAGGGAGCUUGUCAGAAGUUAACAUUCCUCAAGCAUUUGUAUGCUAAAUGAAAAUGCGAAAAAAGGAUUGAUGAGGCUUGUAUUAGCAAGUACAUCCCUGAAGUGAUAAAUUCAUUGAAGUAAAAUACAGAAGUAUUAGUGUACCGUUCUAAGAAGAUGCAGUCCACAAUUACUAAGCAAAAUGUCAACAAAAUAUUUUAAGGAAAACAACAUCGCUUUUGCACUCUAAAAUUUAUCAGGCUCGUUCACGUAAAUGUUUUAGUCUUUACUAAGAUAUUAGUGCAUGAGAAUAAAGAAAAAGCCAUAAAAAAGAGAACGCUUUGGAAGCAUUAAUCAAAAAAGAUAAAGGAUAUAGAGUUUGAUCUAUCUAUGUAAUGAUGCAGUGUCUCAAAAAGGACUUGCGAAAGAAUUGAAAUAACAAGUCAGUAUCUUAAAUUUAGUAAUGUGCGCACAAUCUCAAGGACUCGGAUGUUUUGUGUCCCUGCUUUACCUAGUAAUAAUACCUAUAAUAUGGGCAUUAAUAAAUACCAACUGAAUAAGGAUGCAUCUGAAACCGCCGUUUCCAAAAACUUCUGUCGAAUGGCGGUCUAAGUUUGCGGCUACUCUGUAUGAAAUCUAUGUUUCAGUGUAGCAUAUGGUAUACGGUCCAGUAAAUUGAUGCAUAUACAGUGCGUCGUUCGGUUUCAUUUUAUGUAUAUUUUGUUUGUAUUCUCUGUUAUUAUUUAUUUGAAAUUUGGUAGUAGUAUACUUCAAACUCAUUUUUAAUAAGUUCUUGUUUAUGUUUUCAUCCUUGGAUACUGUAGCUUCAUGACAAGUCAAUAAAAAUGUUUUUAUUUCUUGUCAUAGAAACAAAUCUAAAUCUAGUCUAAUAUGUUUUAUAGAAACUGAAUCAAAAGGUAAUAUGGAACUGAAUGACACAAAAUGUGUUUUUGUAUAAAACUAAACUUGAUUCAACUAAAAUAACAGAUUAAAAAAAGAUCUAGCUUUCCUUUCAAUAAAAUAAAAUGCAUUCCCGAAGUUUAUAUUAAUUCAAAAAUCACUCAGACAAAUGAUUACUGUAAUGACUUAAAAGAAUGUUAUUCAAAAGUUUCGUACAAUUUUUCUGAAGCUAAAGUUACGUCAUUAGAAUAGCCCAUCAUUAGAAAUUAUUUUUAUUUUAGGAAAUCAUUACACAGCUAUGUCCGGAAUGUAAACGGCGUGUGACAGCAUAGAGGUACGUUUUGGCUAAAAAGCGUUAAAAAAACCUGUGUGAUAAUGGGCAUUGCUAUGAAGAAAUAGCCUACACUCUACUCAAUAUUCUGGUUUUAUAUGGUGUGUUCUCUAAAACAGCUAUUUCAGAAUAUCUACUUAAAAUAGACAAGCAAUUUUCAUCCAGUUAAAUGUUGAUUCUAUCGUUAAGUGUUAUGAAAGGUAAUGAGGAAAACUGAAAUCCUGAUUUCGAUUUUCAAAUUUUUGGUUUCCACUUAUCAUUUGCUGUUUCAAUUUAUGAUUAUGCCGCAGUAUCUUGUUCUCUUGCAACCAUAUUAUUCAGAAAAUGUUGGCUCCUUUUAAAAGUAAUAAUUAUGUCCUUCCACAAGUUAAUGAGAUAAAUGAAUAGCUUGAUUUUACUAACUUCCUAAAUAGUUGCCCAGAGAUAUAAGUUUGACAACAAGAGUUCUUAACGGAAGAGUCCCUUUAUAAACUUUUGCUGAUUCUUAGCUGAUAGAUAACAGUGCUGUAUUUUGCCACAAAUAAUCUGUCUCCAUAUAAAAAUACCGCAAUAUACAUUUCAAAGCUACAAUUAAUAUUUUAAUUAAAAUCGCAGUUAAAGUACUUACACUAUCAAUCAUAUUACUGAAUUUUUUAUGCAUUGUUAUUGGAAUCAUCUGAAUUUAUAUAUGGCUUGUAAUGACAUUUUUAACUUACAUAUACGAAAGUGACUUUGAUCUGGAAAGCAUUAAACAUGCAGAAUAACUGCGAUAUUAUAAUUUCAUUAUGUAAAUCAUUCAAUAACUCAUUAUGUUAUGUAAGAAGAAAUGAUACAUAGAUAUUGCUUUUAUACUGGAAAUAUGUCUCCUAGCGUUAUGUAUUCUAAAUUCUCUAACAUGAAAGCUUUAUUUGCAGUUAUUACAUGUUACCUUCCCAAUUAAUCUCAAUCUUGUUCUUUGAAUAAUUGGUCCGUUACGUUAAAUAAAUAUAUUUCAGUUAAAGGCAUAGUUAUUUUCCUUCAAAUAAAACUAUGCUGAAUAAGUAAUUAUUAACCAUUCGUUUCUAUACUCACGAUUCAUACAUUUUCCUUUUAAAAGAUUUAGCUACAAUCUAGGUACUCUUACAUUGAUUUUCAUAAGUUUCACAAGCAAUAUCAAGUGAAUUCAGAAAAAGUAAAAUAUGUAGAAAUGAAAAAAGAAUUAUAAUGUGAGAGAUUAGAAUAUUUUUUUUAUUAUUUUGCUUAAAGAAUUUUAUUCGUAUGUAUUUAAUUGUUCCAGUUAAGAUUGAAAUUGUCGCCGAACCGAAAUAGGUCAGAUUUAAAUUAAUUAUAUCUAAAGCUGUUUCUAAAAUAAUAUAUUCCUGCUUUAUCAUAUACAUUUAUUCCUAUUCCGUUAUCGAUAUGUUCGCUUUUUGAUUAAGAUUAUUUAUUUCCAUUAUCGAAAGUUCUUCCAAGCGUAUUAUUCCAGCUACUAGAAAAAAUUUAGGCAUAGUUGUCUUUAUUGAAAUUUUUGAAAAUUUAUUCCAUGUUUUGUUCCUUUCAGUUUUAGACAUACCUCUAUUAAAAUGAUUUAAAGCGUUAUUAUUUAUCAUAUCUGCGUCACGUUUUCCAAGUAUUAAUUAACCUUUGAAGAUUUCUGAAAUUUAUUAUUACUUCUCUUUUAUAUUCACGCUUAUGAGCUAUUCUCACAACAGAUAUAUUUUAUUGUAUAUUUGUUAUCUAUAUACUUGGAAAUUAAAAUGUCUUUUUACCAUCAUCGUGAUGAAAACCAGAUGAAUUAUUAAUAAAGUUAUAGAAAACUUUUCUUAACUACAGCCGAAAUUUAAGCGAAUGAAUUCAAUUAAUUAUUAAAAUAAUGAAAAGUAGAAUAAAAAUAACUUUCAUGAUUUAAAAAGGCAGUUUAAUAACUUCAUAAAUUCUAAUAAACAACAAUUCAACUAAAAUUUUAAUAGCUAUGAAAAAUUUAUAAUUAAAAAAAUUAGAUAAAUAACUGAAAUAAUAAAAGCAUAAUUAACACAUAAAAAGGUUUAAUUAAGUGAACUAAACGAAAUGAAUGAAACAAAUUUCCAAACAUAUCUUCUUGUUUGUUGAAAUCCCCCUAUUCGUUUUUCAUUUCCACCAAAAAAACUAUUUAUCCAAAGUAGAAGAUAAUGGCUACAGUUGCUAUGAUAUUUGAUCUGCAUAAUACUUAAAAGAGAGAUACUGUAAUUGAACCAAAAUAAUUUUUUGGUUCCUAUAUGAUAAGCUCAGAUGCACAAUAAUUAAUUUAAUUUUCUUUUACUAAACAAUGUAUUUAUUUUAUAAAGCUAUUCAAUGAAUCAUGUAUAUUGAUUUCAAUAAAACUCUUUUAAUUUGUAGUGUGUUAUUAUCAAUAGUUUGUUAGUAGAUUUCUGUUAGUACUUAAAACUGAGUUAUUUUUUAGAUCAGAAAUUUUCAUUUUAAAUCAUAUUCUCAAUAGAUGAAAAUAUUUUUGAUACUCAAGUAUAAUAUUUUAGAGCAAUGCACUUGAGUCUUUAAUCAACUGCAUUAAAAUUACCUUUCAUGCUUAACAAUUUUAAAAGGCAUCAUAUAUAGGAUAAUUCAUUAUUCCCUCGGAUGUUUCAAAAGAUUUUGCUGCAAGUAAGUAUACAUAAAUAGUUCCUCCAAAUUUGCAGUCUAAUAAAUUAACUGUAGACUAUAUCGUCAUCAGAAUUUAUACAUUAUAUCGCCAUCAGAAUAUUAGGUGGCAGUAUACUUCAAGCUUAAUACUCAUUGGUGAUCGGCAAACUUACUGAAUUUUAGAGUCGGUUAAAAACAUAAGACGGUUGUGACAUUACAGUAUAGAUUUCAUACACAUUAUCUAGCAGAAUCACAAAUAUACAAGUCAUGAUACAUAAAAUUCAAAGAGACUGAUUGCUAAUUAUUGUACUAAAAAUUUUCGAAAUCCCAGAGAUAAUGAUGUUUAAAGCAAGACUGUAAUUUCAGCAAUUCGAAUAUUCCUAUAACAAUACCACAGUUCAGUUUUUAAUUAACCAAGCAAUUUGUGACAGAUCAGGUUUAUAACCUCUACAGUCAUAAUUAGUUUAAUGUUGUUGGAAGAAAAGAUGAUGUUAAAAAAAAAUGUUCUGAUUUGAAACUAAUAGGCACUAUUAGUCGGCUGAAAGUUUUCAUCAACAGCAGAACUUCAAAUAAUCUGGACUAUUUAGAACAAUUAUACAACUAUGUAUCGAAAACUCCAAAAAACUGAGUUGUUCUUUUAAGAACCUUUGUUAAUUAUAAUAAUGCUGCAAAUUUUUAUAAAAUUUAUGUACUGUAAAGUAAAUGCAUUUCAAGUUAUGUUAAUUAGCUACAUUAUAAGAAAUAAAAAUUUUAUGUUAAUAAGAUGUGUAAAUAAUUUUAAAGUGUUUAAUUUCUUCAUUAAGAAAUCACAGAUUGAUUACAUUUGAGAAAUUAAUCAGCCAAACGUUGAGAAUUGGCUACUUGCGAGAACGCGGGGGAAAAAAAUUGAGAAAUGUCUUAUGCCUUGUAUGAUGACAACUUACUAAUUUUCGAGGACAAUAAACUUAUAGCUGCAUAAUGUAGCAUAAAACUUCUCAAUUUUAAACAAGAUUUGCGCUAAAGAUUUCUAGCAUCAAAAUACAAAAUAAAUGCUCAUAAUUUACAACAAAAUUGUUUAAGUUUAUUCAGAAUAGAAUGAUCCGCGUAACUGUAAUUCUGGGUAUCUAGAUUUGUAUAAUAGAUAUUUUAUGGUAUACAUUAAAAAUUUAAUUCUGAAGUAAAAAGGACAUUUCUCCUUUUAAAACCGUAAAAGCCUUUUAAUUUUAUCACAUUACUUCAUAAUUAUUUAAUUAAAUUAAUUAUUUCAAUUACCACAUAAUUAAUUAAUUAAGAAUUUUAUUUACCACGCAUUUACGUUAAAGAUACAUUAUCUAAAAAUAUUCUUGUUUUAAAGUUCGAUUAUUUUUUAGGCUUUUUGUGUAUUUGAACACUUAGGAUACGCAAUUGUAUUCAUUAAUGAGAUUCAGAUAGACUUUGUAUGAAGUAUUCUUUCGGGUGUUAAAAAAUAUGAUAUUUCAUGCUAUAUUUGCUUAAGUAAAAUUUAGAAAGUAAAUUCAUUGUUUGCUAAUUUGAGUUAUUUUCUACAUUUGUUUUAGUUAUGUAAAACCAUCACGGUGUGAUUUAAGGAAAGUUUAUAUGAAAGAAGAGUCAACUUAUGUAAAAAUUUCAUUUAUGGGCAGUUUUUUACUCAAAUUUAGCAACUUUUUACUUAUUAUAAAAUCUUAAUGGAGUGUCAUUAUCGGUUUCUUUCCUUUCUUAUACAGAUAUGAAAAUCAUUCCACGCAUAUCAUUCGUUUGAAGAUGAAUUUUAACGGUAUCAAACCUAUGUCGACUUUUAUCGCUUUUCUCCGAAAGAACAUAGAAUUUCUAAUAUCAACGCUUUUCUUAAGCAUUCCACAGGAAAAUGGGUGAUAACAUAAGUGUCACUGAAAUUAAGAGGUUCUGAGUUGUAAAAUUCUUUGUGAUAUAAAUAUGAUCUAAAAUAUUCACAACAUUUAUUAAGACACUUACUCAACUUAUCAAGUUUGUGACAAAGUGGCGUAUGAACAUUCAUUAAUCUUACUAAAUAAAACAAUUAUUUAUUUAUUUAUUUAUUUUUGUGUGUGCGUGUCAUUAACCUCGUGUUUCGGAUUAUUUCCUUGUGUGUUACACGUAGAACCAAUUUUGUAACACUGCCCGUCCAGCCCAAAGUAAAUUUCGCUUCAGAAGUUCUUAAUGGGGCAGUGGUAGAGUUUCAAGUUGAAAGGUCAAGGUUAUAACCAAACUGGUACUCGACUUUUGCUUUGGAUAAGCUCGCAAAUCUCAUAGUUUGAUUCUUAGUAAUUCUGAGCGUUCUUUGUCUGAGAGGAGUAUCAGAUUUCAAAUUUUGGUUUCUUCUUACGCUUUAGUUUGACUUCCUUUUGCAAUUCACGUUUUGCUUAUAAUUGGGAGUAAGUUAUUACAAGAUGUUCCUUCGAUUCUUACCGGAUGUUUAACUUCAGAAAACAAAAUCUGCAAUCUACCUUUUAAAUACGUAUUUUCGUAAACUCACUAAUUUGAAAAGACGCUUUACUUACUCCCAGCUGCUCAGUACCAAACACUACAACUGACUAUACGUUUUGAUUACAUUAUAAUAUAGCAGCAUUACAAUAAACCACUCCAAUAUUCUCAGCAAUAGUCCUCACAUUCAAGUCCUGGAAUAGACUGAGUUUCUUCAUGACUGAGGCUGACAAAUGUAAGACUCGAUAACUUUUACUCUCAUUUACCCAUCCAUAUUUAAAAACGAACUGAUAUACCUUAUAUCAACUAAUUUAUGAAAUAUUCGGAAUGUAUAGCAUCAGUUGCUGUCUGAUAAUAAUAAGUAAGGCAUUCUAAAAAUGUUACCUUUUAUUGUAAUUUUUAGAACACACUGUAGGCAAAAUUAUGUAAUAUUUUUCAUGAGUUUCCUGAAUUGCGAUCGAAAUACACAGUAUUUGCUACAGGCCAUAUACGCCGCAACUAUCUGAAAUAAACUCCAUAAAUAUAUGUAAAGUCCUUUGCACAUUCUUAGGAAGAUUAGUAGAAUCUUCUAAAUAUGUCUGUGUACUUUCAAUCACAAGAUAGGGAUUUCUUCCAUUAAUUUGGUUAAUAUAUAAGGGUAAGCAAAUAGCUAAAGAUAUGAAACUGUUUACUUUUUAAAUACAGUAAGUUCUAGCAUUUAGCGUCAUUUCAAAUUUUGCAUAAUGUUAAUAUUGAUCUGCAUUGCUAAAACGCAUGGAUGACUACAAGGUCUUCAGUGAUACAUGCUCACUGACACUUGAUAAUUUGGUUUAUUUAAUUAUGGCAAAGCAGUCGAGGGCUAUAUACCUAAGGGAAGGGAUGCCUUCGUGGAAUUUCUAAGGGAAACUGGUUCGUACACCCAUUGCACAUGGGAAAACCACAUAAACGCCCAUGUAGCCAGGCGGUUCGCCAGGAAUCGAAUCCCGGACUGAAAUAACAAUGUUGGAAAUUAUAAAAGUAUAUAAUAAAUUCAGCAAUGUUGAUUUAUGGAUUAAAAAUAUUCCUUUUUUGGGGAGGACGACAUUUUGAUUCGGCAUUAAUUAUAUAAAAUUUUCUGUUAGUGAAGCUAAAAUUUCAUUUUAUGGCUAAUGAUUAAUGAUAACUUAAGCGGAAAUUAAAUGACAUUAGAUCUGUGUUUCAUAAAGGCAAAACAGAGUCCUGAAAAUAAGAGAUUGGGAUAUUUUGAUGAUGGGUUAAUGUAACAACAUCGUAUAGUCACCGACAUACGUAUUGAGAACACCGUAUGUCAAAAAAGUUUUCUGGAAGUACGCUGGAAAUUGGCUGUCAGGAUGGCUUGAUGUUGGGCGUUUGAAGCAGUGUAUAACUAAUAAAGUAGCCUGGGCAUUUCUACGAUAUUCUGAAAAGGAAUGAAUUAAGCGACUUUGAUGCCGGAUAUUAUAUAAUCCACAGUGUAUCCUAGACAUACCUAGACCUUUCCAUUAUGAUGGAAGUGGGUGUUUAAGGUGCUUUGAUCCUGGUCAUAUAGUAAUUACAAUAACGGAGCUGUAAAAACCUAUCAUUUGUACAACAUAAAUUCAGCUUUCAAAAACAAAUUUUAAAUAUGGAUAGAAACCAGAAAAUGCCGAGAAGAUAUUUAAGAAAUAUUUUGAUGGUAAUAACUAUUCAAAUGUAAUUAAAUAUGUAGAUUUAAAUUGUUUAAUAAAUCCUGUACUUAAAGAUAUAUUUAAUUUGGUUUACAGUCUAUAUUGGAAAUGUAUUAGUUUGGUUCAUGUCGAAACGUACCUUAUAUGCAUAUUUGCUGUGAAAACAAAGCAUCAUUUUUCUGUGUAUUCCUUGCUUGAGACUCUCAAACUUCUCUGCCAUAUAUUUACAACAAAACAAGAGAUAAAAGACAUAGUCUAGUCUGAAACUGCAUUGUAAUUAUUGUUAUAAAUAAAUAUAUUGUGC